UGUCUGUUCACUUCUACCUGAGACUCACCGUAGCUGCACGCGCUGCCGGGACAGGAGGAGCCGCGCGGGGAUUUGUAGGUUUAAUUAAGAAAUAAACUCUGAGCAACUCUCAGAUUAAAACCUUUUGGCUCCGGGUUCAGGUCUGAUCUGAGGUUCUACCUCAGAUCGUUUUCUGACUGAAUCUGGAUAUUUAACGGGACCCGAGGGAUCCGGAUCAGAACUGAGGAGGACCAGGUUCAGGACGAGGUUCAAGACCAGGACCAGGACCAGAAGCAGGAGCAGGAGCAGGAGGAUGUCUCGGGCGGAGGAGCGGGAGGAGGCGGACUGUGUGUGUUCGGUCGGGAUGAAGUUAACGUGGGACAUCAACGACCCCAAACUGCCGCAGGACACCAAGCAGUUUGACCCGUUCCAGGAGUGGACAGACGGUUAUGUUCGGUACAUCUACAGCGCUGAAGAUAAAAAUGCUCAGCGACAUUUAUCUGGCUGGGCGAUGAGAAACACCAACAACCACAACUGUCAGAUCCUGAAGAAGUCGUGUCUGGGGGUGGUGGUCUGCUCUCGAGGUUGUACGUUGCCUGAUGGAUCCAGACUACAGCUCCGGCCUGCCAUCUGCGACAAGGCCCGGCAGAAACAGCAGAAGAAACUGUGUCCGAGCUGCAACGCUGCUCUGGAGCUGCUGCCGUGUCGCGGUCACAGCGGUUACCCCGUCACCAACUUCUGGAGAGUCGAUGGAAAGGCCAUCUUCUUUCAGGCUAAAGGGGUCCAUGAUCAUCCCAGACCAGAGUCCAAGUCUGAGACUGAAGCCAGAAGAAGUUCAGUGAAGAGACGAGUCAGUUCACCUCCGUUCACACCUAAAAGACGACUGAUUGAAACCCAGGCUCUGGGCCCAGCCCUCCUCUCUUGCGUCGAACCAGCAGACAGAAUCUCUUUCAUCGAACCAAAUUUCCCGCAGCAUUACCCAGCAUUCCAGAGCCCAGAGCCUUACUACAACCCCCAUAAUACACUGGGAGAGGCUCCGCCCACACUGCAGAAACCAGCCAAUCCUAGGCUUUACAUGGGCCGGCCAAGCUACGAGUUCCAAGGUUACCUGGCCUCGCCUUCAUAUCCUGUGACCUCUGACCUCUGUGACCCCAGGGUGACCCCGGUCUUAGGCUCCUCCUCCUCCACAACAUCUUCGGCUCCUCUCUCCUCCUCCUCCUCCUCCUCCUUUGACCCCCAGUCGAAACCUCCUCCAGGCUGGAAGGAGCUGUUGAAGAGCUCCGCCCCAUACAGCGACAACCACCAUUACUACAGCACCGAGUACCCCUGCCGUUACCCCGGCAACACCCCAGGGUCCCCUGCAGCGCUGCAGACCAUCAUCACCACGACAACCAAGGUGUCCUAUCAGCCCUGUCCGAAGCCUCCUGCAGCGCUCCCUCCCUACCAGUCCUGUCCCAAACCUCCAUCCGGCCUCCCGUCCUACCAGCCAUGUGCUCCCCCUAAACCCCCGGGCCUCCCCGGCUGCUCCUCCCUGCUGGAUGACGCCUCCUCCUCCUCAUACUCUACUGAGGUGAAGGUAACAGAGGAGUCAGGUGGAGUCAUCAAGUCUCUGUCAUUUCAGCCAGAACCUCUGCAGACCAAAACAGAGCGGACCGACGGCUAUGACUACCGCUACGCCUACCCCAACACGUACCGCUACGACGACUACUAAUGCAGCACUACCUCCAGCACCAUUACCACAAAUAUUGUUACCACAACUACUGCAACGAAUACAAGUACUGCUACUACUGCUACAAGUACAAGUACCGCUACUACUGCCAAAAUAGAUGUUGUAGCUUUGCUCCAUGAGAAACACUCUGAACAUUGAUGGAGUCUUUUUCAUUCCCAAAGAAAGAUUCUUUUCCACCUCGGAGGCUCCAGCUUCCCUCUAGCAUCCCCUUCAGGAUAAAAAUCGAAACCUUUGUGCACAAGAUAUCACAGACUUAACAGAAAGAUCAAAAUGAAAUCUUAAGUCAAAUGAUCUGAAACAUCAGGGUUUGGCCUGAGGUAGUCUUCGACACAUGGCCCAGCUUAGACUUUCAACCACAUCGUGUGGUCUUCCUCAGUGAAUGGAGCUGCUCAGUGGUCAUUUCAGGGUGAGAUGUACCACUUCAACUGAGCCACUCAAUCUGCUGAUGAAGGCCAUCAGAUGCAGUUGAAAGCUUCAACAGCACAGAAUAAAUGGACUUGAAUGGAACUGAACCUUCAAGUUCAGGAUUCUGUGAUUUUGAGAUAAAGUUAAACUAUAAUUGACCUCAAACACGACCAGGUCUUUGUUAAAAAAAACAGGUUUAUAUCCUCUGUAUCGGAUCAGAUGUGUUAGAAAUAAUUAACAUUGGAUCAUCUUUAAUGUCACUGCAUUCACAAAUUAAAUGAACCUGUGGGAUUUAUCGAAUGUUUUUGUUGUUUGGGUUAUUUAUUGAACCAGUCAGUUACAUCUGCAGUAUGAACUGGACUGAACUGAAAUGAACUGAACUGAAGUGGACUGAACCGGACUGGACUCAAGAAACAAACUGAAUAAAACAGUGAAUUUGACUGAAGAGACGACAAACUGUAACAUGUUAACAGAGAAUCUAGAACCACAGAGACGGGUUUAACAAAAAGAUGCAGGAAAAACUAAACAGUGUCACCUUCAUCCUCGAGGAAUUAAAAUAAACUGGUGUAACAACCCUUUAA